AGGCAGUGCGAACAGGAAGGGGUGGGGCCAGGCGGGUUGCGCUCGCAGAAAGCUAGUGUGCGGGAGCAGUUCAAUAUGGCAGCUACCAUAUUCCGGGCUGUGCUACGGGGCUCGAGAACCGGCGUCCUGCCGGACAGCGGGCUACGGCGGCUGAGCCAGACCCAGGAACCUCCUGAUUAUCGCAGCUUUGUGGAGUCUGUGGAUGAAUACCAUUUUGUGGAGCGCCUGUUACCCCCCACCAGCAUCCCACAGCCCCCAAAGCAUGAACAUUAUCCCACUCCUAGUGGCUGGCAGCCACCCAGAGACCUCCCACCCAACUUGCCCUACUUUGUGCGGCGCUCUCGGAUGCAUAACAUCCCUGUCUACAAGGACAUCACGCAUGGCAACCGUCAGAUGACUGUAAUCCGGAAGGUGGAGGGGGACAUUUGGGCCCUGCAGAAGGAUGUGGAAGAUUUCCUGAGCCCACUUCUGGGGAAGACACCUGUCACCCAGGUCAAUGAGGUGACAGGUACCCUUCGGGUCAAGGGCUACUUUGAUCAGCAGCUCAAAGCCUGGCUCCUGGAAAAGGGCUUCUGAAGCCCAGCUGAACAUCUUGCAAGACAGCAUUCCCCUCAGACUGGAGUCCUGGGGAUCUCAAGAGGAGGGAGGUGGGUGUUGGAGCAACUAGGACAGGGGGUGCAGAGACCGGGGCUGAGGGCUUUGGAGCCGGCCUUGCUUGCAUAAAGGAGGAAAUGUGACUGCAUAGAUGCCAGCACUGGGAGAGGGCUGUCUAACCCAGGGGACCCACCAGGCACAGCCAAGCUAGUGGGGGGCAUUAAUUGCUGCACCACCACCACCACCACAUGCACACUUUGGUGUAGUCCUGCCUUCCUUUCAUUGGAGCUCCUUAGACUCAGCAUUUCAAUUUUAGAGGCUGUUGACUGCUCCUCUGGUGGAAGCAAUAGCCGAACCCAGUUUAUGGGAGGGUAGCAGAGGGCAGACCUGUUGGGCACAUUCCUUCAUUGGCCCUCAGACCCUCACUGCUGCAAAAAUCCCUGAACCCUUGCUCUAGGUCAGACCUUGCUUGGUAGAGGCUACAGCAAACACAAGAUGACUCAGACGUGGGUCCUGCACGUCUUCAGUUCCAAGUGCAGUGCUGGGCAUGGCAGCCCCUGGGCUUGUUGCUUCUACCCAUGGAGAGGUUGAAAGGCCAGUCAUCUCUAUUCCAUUCCAGACUGGAGUGGGGCCUGACUGGGUUUCCAGCUCCAGGAAGCUAAGUGAUUAGCUUUAGCUGGCCUGCCCACAAGAGGGUGCUUGAGAGCUAGCAGCCCAGCACAGGGCCAUCCUUCCCAGCUUGCUGACCUAGUAUCAAGGCUGGACAGGGUGGUUGCAGGCAGGAAAAAAUGUCCUUUUGUCUGUGCCAUCCCAUUCCACCCCAGCCUAGGAACCGUCAUACUUGCCCCAUCCUUGGAGUCUCAAGGGCCAAAGGCCUGAGUUCCCAUCCUACCUUAGCAUCAAACUGGCUAGAAGGGGGUUCAGAGCCUGACUCCCCUAAGCAGGGUACUUAAUCUUUCUGGGGUUCAGUUUCUUAAUAUGUAAAAUGGGUGUAUCUUCCUAAUACCAUAAUAUUCAAGUGUCCCCAAGGACAGUGCUGGCUUGUAUAAAUAAACCCUCACUCCUGGAGAUUCCAGGCCACUCUCAAGUUUACAGCCUGAGUCAGGAAAAGGAGCUGGCACACUGAUUCUACCACACCAGUUUCACCAGUCAGUAAUGCAAGUUUUUAUUUGGCUGUAUAUACAAUUUAAGCUAUUAAAAUUUGUACAAUAUUUACAAAUUAAAUAAUCGUCUCAAAA